AUGUUGUUUUUCAAUGGCAAUAGGAUGAUUGGCAUCAAAACGUGUUCAUUGAACAAGAUUUUAGCCAUGGCGAGUUAUUCCACGAAAUUAACAUUAAACGAGGUUGUGAUCGCAUCAGCCGUUAGGACUCCAAUGGGAUCUUUUAGAGGGAGUCUUGCUAGUCUUUCCGCCUCCGAAUUGGGGGCAGUUGCAGUUAAAGCAGCGGUUGAAAGAGCCGGUAUUCCCAAAGAAGAAAUUAAAGAGGUCUAUAUAGGCAAUGUUUGUUCUGCAUCUUUGGGCCAAGCUCCAGCAAGACAAGCAGUCAUAUUUGCUGGACUACCUAAGAGUACAAUCUGUACUACAGUUAAUAAAGUUUGUGCUUCUGGAAUGAAAUCUGUGAUGCUAGCUGCGCAAGGUCUACAAACUGGUGCCCAAGAUGUAAUUUUAGCAGGUGGGAUGGAAUCAAUGUCAAAUGUUCCUUUCUAUUUAAAAAGAGGUGAAACUACAUAUGGGGGUAUGCAACUAGUAGAUGGUAUAGUAUUUGAUGGACUUACUGAUGUGUACAACAAAUUCCAUAUGGGUAACUGUGCAGAAAAUACUGCAAAGAAAUUGGAAAUCACAAAAGAACAACAGGAUGAAUAUGCUAUUAAUAGUUACAAAAGGAGUGCAGCGGCUUAUGAAAGUAAAGCCUUUGCUGAUGAAUUAGUUCCCGUUUCUGUUCCUCAGAAAAGAGGUGCUCCACCAGUCAUAUUCUCUGAAGAUGAAGAAUACAAGAGAGUGAACUUUGACAAAUUUACUAAGCUUGCUACAGUAUUCCAAAAAGAGAAUGGUACAGUAACAGCUGGGAAUGCUUCUACUUUGAAUGACGGCGCAGCUGCAUUAGUAUUAAUGACUGCGGAUGCAGCCAAAAGGCUGAAUAUAAAACCAAUUGCAAAAGUUGUUGGUUUUGCUGAUGGCGAAUGUGAUCCAAUUGAUUUCCCUAUUGCUCCAGCUAUUGCUAUCCCUAAACUAUUAGAAAAAACAGGUGUAAAUAAAGAUGAUGUUGCCCUUUGGGAAAUAAACGAGGCAUUUAGUACUGUUGCUGUUGCUAACCAAAAGCUAUUGGGAUUGGAUCCGUCUAAGAUUAAUGUCCAUGGUGGGGCAGUUAGUUUAGGACACCCAAUUGGAAUGUCUGGUGCUAGAAUUGUUGUGCAUUUAUGUCAUGCCCUCAAGAAAGGAGAAAAGGGUGUAGCAUCUAUUUGUAAUGGUGGUGGUGGUGCAUCAUCUAUCAUGAUCGAGAAAUUACCUGAAGCUGUUGAUGGAUUGCCUGUUCUAACAUUCUACACUAAAGAUCCAUGUCCUCUUUGUGACAUUGUUAUGGAUGAGUUAGAGUCAUUUAUGCAUAGAAUAAAAAUUGAGAAAAUAUAUAUAACAGAAAAAGAAAAUGUGAGGUGGCUGCGGCUUUAUCGGCAUGAUAUACCAGUUUUGUUUUUGAAUGGAACAUUUUUAUGUAUGCACAGAUUGAAUCGGGACCUGUUAGAGAGAAGGCUACAAAGGAUUGAGAAUGAAAAAUAA